AUGACGGGCAACGCGUCCGACCCCGAGACGAACCCGCUCAAUCUUGAUAACGUACGUCGUCGGCUGCGGGGGCCGUGUGGGUGCUGGAGUGUUUGCGAAUCGAGCGAGCGGGACCUUCCCGAACUGGAUCGAUCAGGGGCGAGCUUGAAGUAGAGGCCGAGCAACGGAGCUAACACGGAGCUUUCGUUCGGCGUUCGGCGUUCGGCGCUCGGGUCCGGUUCUACAGAUUCGCAAGACGUUGAAUCGCUUGGAGGAUACCAUCAUCUUUCGUAAGCACGCUGACCGCGCCCACCCCGUAAAUCCGACACGUCAUUCCUAAUCACGACUAGCCCUCCUCCCAGUCUUGAUCGAGCGUGCACAGUUCGCUUACAACCCGCGCAUGUACGACCCCACCGGCUUCGCGGAUGUGCUCAAGCAGGACAAUGGCUUCGAGGGCAGUUGGCUGAUGUGGUUCUUCAAGGAGACCGAGUCGAGUCAUGGUACGUAACGGGGUUCGCGCGCAGGGAGAGCUGGGGGGACACGUCGAUCUCAUUUCCGCUCUCUUGUUACACCCGUCCCGACGUUUGUUCCUGCUCGUACGGUCCACUGUCGCAAUACGUCGAUCACGCAGCCAAGGUUCGACGCUAUGAUAGGUAAGCCUCGAGCGGCGAGGAUGCCGUCUGUCUCGACCUCAUCGCUGAUCCCACCUCAUUUAUGGCCCUUAGCCCGGAGGAAUACCCCUUCACCCCUCGCGAACUCCUCCCCUCCCCCAUUCUCCCUCCUCUCGACUACCCACCCCUCCUCUACUCCAAAAGCAUCUACAACGCCAAUUCGCGCAUCCUCAAGUUCUACGUCGAGAAAGUCGUCCCCGUCGUGACGAAGCGCGUGACGCAGAGUCUGGGAAAGCAGAACGAUGAUGGGAAUUAUGGCUCGGCCGGAACGAGGGACGUCGAGUGCUUGCAAGCUAUAAGCAAGAGGGUUCAUUGCGGUACGUUCUUUUAUUUCCUCAUUGGGAGGAAAUCACGCCUAGGUACGAGCACCGAUGAACUUUUUACGACUGCUCUGCGAUGGGAUUUUUUUUAGGUAUGCUCGUCUCGGAAUCCAAGUUCCUCGAGGCGCCUUCGGCCUUCAUCCCUCAUAUCCUCAACCCCAGCCCCGUCGAACUCGAAAGACUCAUCACCAAACCGGCCGUCGAAGCCGCUCUACUCAAGCGUCUAGAGAAGAAAGCGGCCUGGUACGGCGCCGAACUCGGACCGGAUGGAGAACCCAUCCCCGCAAUGACCAAGGUCGACGUGCAGGAUGUGGUCAGGCUCUAUAGGGAUUUCGUGAUCCCGUUGACGAAGGAUGUCGAGGUCGAGUAUUUGCUCAAGAGGUUGGAUGGAUUGAGUGAGGAUGAGAUUGAGGAGUUGAGGAAGAGAGCUUAG